AUGGGGUCGCUUUUUAAGCUGCGUGACUACUGGUACAACAGAUACAACAGGGAGGAGUUCAGCCACGCCGCGGCACUGACGGUAGGUAACAUUGAUAAUGAUCCGGAUGAGGAAAACAAAAUCAUUUUUGGUUCCUUCUCAGGGAUGCUGCGUGUGCUGAAGCCGACAAAGAAGGGCGCUGCGCAGCCGGAGGAUACACUUGUGGAAAAGUCUUUUGGGGAGCCGAUCCUACAGGUGGCGUGCCGCCCACUGGAGCCGGUUAGCGGUGGCGCUCCGUUGAAUCUUCUGGCGGUCCUUCUUCCGAAGCGAAUGCUGCUUGCUCGCGUGCUACGCGAGGGAAGUGUGAUAGAGAAGACCACUGGUAUGGAGAACUCUCUCAAUACCUCGUAUCGUAUCGUGGUGUAUCACGAGGCGCGUCUGGAAAGUAGUGCGUACAACUUUACGUGUGGUACUUUUGGCCACGCCUCGCAUGAGAUGGUAUGCGUGCAGUCAAUGGAUGGCCUGCUCACGAUUGUCAACCACAACGCCGUGGUGCUACAGUGCUGCAUACCAAGUUCACAGUUUUUAUUACCAGGAUGUCUGACGUACUGUCCGCAGCGAGACUACUUCCUUACCAACAACUCCGCCAUGAAUCUCAUGUGCUAUUCCUUUGCAACCCUUACAAGCAACCGUAUACGAGCAGAAGCCCCAAUCGACAGUGACGGAAACAUGAUAGAGCGGCACCAUGGCGACGUCAUGGCGCCGACUUGGAUGUUUGUCUUGGGUGAUGACGUGGUUGGCAUUGAGGUAUGCCGCCAAACACGUGGGCUAGAAGCAGAGGAUGCCGAUAUCGUGGUGUUGUGUCACUACACACUGUUCGUUCUGCAGAUGAACGGGGCCCUGCGCUAUUCAAGGCGCCUUGAUGUGGAAAGUUUGUGCCUCACAUCAUUCUAUGUCCCUGAUGCAGGUGCGCAUAACCUUCUCGUGGGCACAGUGAAGGGGUCAGUGAACGUGUACUCAGACAUGGCACUCGAGUGGAGCGCAAAGAUGACGACAGCAGCCCCACUCUGGCUCGAGGUGGCAGGUCUUUGUGGGACAAAAGGAAUGAUCGUCUCGCUCAGCACUGACGGGACGGUGGCUGUCAACUAUCUUGGCACCGACCCCGAGGAGGAACCCAUCCAGCCGCUGGAAAGCAAGGAAGCGGACUAUGCUGAAAUGGAACAAGAGCUGCGGCGCGUGCAGCACACAAUUAAGCAAGUGAGCAACACAAACGCAUCUGUCCAGCGCAAGCCGACAACUGAGGAAUUGGUGCGUGUUUCCUGGGAAACUGCGCCAAGCGGUGGAGAGGGGCGUUGGGACACGACGCUCGCAAUUUUGUCACUUCGCAACGACACUGGAAAAGCCAUUGUGUGUGACGUGACGGUUCUGGUGCAGGUGGUGGAGCCGGUGCAGGUUGAUGCGCAGCAGAGAGUUUUGAGCGGUGGCAUGCCAGUGCGUGAGGUAGUGCAGUUCCCCUUUAAGUUCGACGUUGCAAGCCAUCAGGACAUGAUUAUACCCUCAUCCCUGAAUGCCCACGCUGUUGUCAUGUACACAGGUGCAAGCGGUGUGGAAUACACGGUAAGUGCUACGAUGCGGCUCCCUCUAACGCUUGUGGCGCGGCCCAUUCCGCCGGUGAAGUGUCCGGACUUCGUCAUGCAGCUCAACACCGAGAAGGACGUGCCACCCUCUUUACUAGAUUUGUUUCCCGAAAUGGCAAGCUCUAGUGACAUCACAGCAAACAUCAUGUCGGUUCAAUACGUGAAUGGUGCUGACGCUACGCUUCUGGUUUCUAAAAACGCAAGCCGAUUUCGACUGCAGGCGUCAACGAUGGAAGCACUUUGGCUCCUAGCAGACGAACUUCAGCAGCGAUUGUACACCUACUACGGCUCGGAUGUGCAACUCAGUAUCCCGGAUUCGCUUCCCUUAGAGAAUUAUUACCGGGUCAUUGACACACACCUCGCUGUGCGGAAGGAGUUGUUGGAGGCACAGGAGGCAUUAUCGCAGGCGGCGCAAAUGUUCCGUGCGGUACAAAAACGAUUGUUGGUAGCCUUCCGCGAGCACAAUCCAGCACCGGUUGGUAUGAUGGAUGUGUUGUUUGAUGAGAGCUUCAACAAUCUGCAGAAAUGCGCAGAUGCCGUCGGCCACGCCAUGCCACGACAGAAGCAAGCUGCUGCUAUGUUGUGCUGUUGUUCGAGACUGAUCGUGCUUCAGCUGUUUAUUAAAAGCCGAGAGACGCUGAAGAACCCCGAUGAUAUUCGUCUUAUUGAAUCCAUCUUCACUUGCCCGAUUGCGGCUGACACCGAGGUUAGUUGGGAGGAGGUCACAGACGCGGCGUUGGGUCACCUUCUGGCGUCAGUGGACAGAACUUCGGCCUUUACCUCAUCACCUGCGCCUGAAAGCAAGAAUUCGGCUUCGAUGAGUCUCAACGGUGGGCGUUUGAAGAAACGCAUCGGUUCCUUCUUUGAUCGUAUUCUAGGCGGCUCGCAGGUAACAUUCUCGUAG